GGAAUAGUAAUACAACGCUUUUGUAUUCAUAACGAAAAUGGCUUUGAACAUUUUCGAUUUACUUUUACUUAUUUAUCUCGUAGCAAAAGCCUGCGUCGUGGCCCACGAAGACGGUAACGACCCAAGUUAUGGCAGCCAGUGGCUAUUGUAUAUGGAUGAAAGUGGCUAUCUCCACGAGAUGAAUUUUUCAACUUUACCAUUGGAAACAAGGGGCUUCUCAUAUGGAAAAGUAUACUGUUACUUAUACACCAGAGAAAACAACAAACAAGGAGAGUUGCUAGUACCGCCAGAUGACGAAAAUCACAACAUUGAAAGUAAAUAUUUCAAAGAAUCUGGAGAUAUAAAAGCAAUAACCCAUGGUUGGCUAUCCAACGAAAAUACCGAUUGGAUCCAGAAUAUUAAGAAUGCAAUAUUGGGUGUAUCUGAUGUCAACGUUUUAACUGUGGAUUGGAGUGAACUAGCGGACAAUCCAGUGUAUCCGUGGUCUGCAUUUAGCACAAGAUAUGUAGGCAAAUAUUUAGCCAAAAUAAUACGCUCACUUAUGAAAACCUAUGGGGUGAAGAACAGCCGGAUACAUUUAAUAGGACAUAGCCUAGGAGCCCAGGUUAUGGGUUACGCCGGAAUGUAUUCGGGAGAGAAAAUACAUAGAAUAACAGGGCUAGAUCCAGCACGGCCAUUGUUCGAACUACCAUUGAUGGAUCCAAAUUUUCGCUUAGACCCAAGUGAUGCUAAUUUUGUAGAUAUUAUUCACACUUGUGGAGGAAUAUUAGGAUAUAGGGAUAGUCAUGGACAUGCAGACUUCUAUCCAAAUGGUGGUAAAGCACCACAACCAGGAUGUGGGGGAAUUAAAGAUAUUAUCGAAGGUUGCAGUCAUGGACGAUCUCAUGAAUAUUUCUUGGAAUCUAUAGACUCGGAUAUAGGUUUUGACUCCUAUCCUUGUGAAGAUUGGAAGGAAUUCAAACGAGGCGAAUGCAGAAACGAUCCGGCAAUGAUGGGGUACCCUGCUGACAAUCAUCGUGUUGGAGAUUUUUUUCUUUAUACUAAUAAUCACUCUAAGUAUGCUGUGGGGUCGGAGUAAUAUUGUAAAUUGUAAAAUUUCAGUUAGGCAGUUGUAGUAGCACCAA